CAAAGGUUCCCCUCAAAAAGUAGUCUCACGCGCCCCCAAUUCAGACUCACUUUCCUUAUCUAGGGUUUUGCAAAAAAGCUCCCAGAAUCCGAUUCAAUAGGUUUAUCGAAUCUGCUUCUCUAUCUUCGUCUCAAUAGUCGCUCAUUAUUCCUUUAAAAAGUUAUAAGCACAGAACACACAGAGAGAGAGAGCGAGCGACAUGGGUAGAGGAAAGUUUAAGGGCAAGCCGACUGGCCGUCGCCAAUUUUCCACCCCCGAGGAGAUGAUUGCUGGUAGUUCUGCUCGUCCCCGCACUUUCAGAAAGGAAGUAGAGGAUGUUGUAGAAGAUGAGACAUCUGAUGUAGAGUCAGAAGAGGAAUCUGAGGGUGAACCUGAAAAAGUGAAAGGUGCUGAGGGCGUCAUUCAAAUUGAAAAUCCCAACCUGGUGAAGCCAAAGAACUUGAAAGCACGUGAUGCAGAUUUUGAUAAAACAACGGAGCUUUCAAGACGUGAAAGAGAGGAGAUUGAGAAACAGAAAGCUCAUGAAAGAUAUAUGAAGCUGCAAGAGCAAGGGAAGACUGAUCAAGCAAAGAAGGAUUUAGAACGUUUGGCUCUUAUUCGACAGCAAAGAGCAGAUGCUGCUAAGAAACGCGAAGAGGAGAAAGCUGCCAAAGAUCAAAAGAAGGUGGAAGGUCGCAAAUAGUUUUGACAUGCUGCAGCUUCAGUAAAUGAUACUGAUUCUAAGCUACUACUAUGGUAUUAUGAUACAGUUUUCAACUUUGAUUCGAACACUAUGUAUUCUACUGUUUUAUUUCUAUCAACUUUGAUCCACAAUAGACAUUCACUUACAUAAUCUGGAAAUACACUAAAUCUGGUGCUACACUUUAUUACUAAUA